ACACCCACCUUUCGUGUCUCUUUCUCUAGCUCUACCUCUCUUUCCUUUUUUUGCCCUAUCUGAUAGGGUUUCAGAUGACCUAUUGACGUUCUGUUUCUGAUGAAUUCAGUGUUUCAAGCUCUAUACCUUGCGUUGAUUGUGUUUUUGUUGGUUGAUCUGGUUAUUUUUGCUCUUGAUAGAGGGUUUUUUGGGCUUGAACGCUUGAGAUUUUAUUUCCCUGGGGUUUUCCAACUGUACCCAUGUCUGAAAUCUUCGAUUACAGUGGAGAUGAUGUUUUUUGUCCUGGGAGGUCAAUAUUUCAAAAUCCAAAGGAAUCUAGUCUUUUUUUGUCUAUUGGGCAUCAUGUGGAUGUGUAUUUUCCUCCACGCAAGAGGUCUCGCAUCAGUGCCCCUUUUGUCUUCAGUGGAGAAAGGUUUGAGCAGAAGAAGCAACCCUCUAUUGAAGUUCUUCCCGAUGAAUGCCUCUUUGAGGUCUUCAGACGCCUCCCUGGGGGCCAAUCUAGGAGUUCUUGUGCUUUUGUGUCCAAACGCUGGCUUAUGCUCCUAAGUAGCAUUCGCAGGGAUGAAAUCUGUGCCAGCAUAACUGCUCAGUCUGUGGAGCCUGAGGAAAGGUUGAUUUCCAAUAAGGCAGUUGAAUCCUCGGUGUGUAUCAAGAAGGGUGGGGAUGUGGGUUUUGAUGGUACUCGAGUUAACCCCGAGGCUGAAGAUGAAGAGGUGGAGAGUGAUGGAUACCUUUCCAGAUGCCUUGAAGGGAAGAAAGCAACAGAUGUCAGACUUGCUGCGAUUGCCGUUGGAACUGGUAGCCGUGGAGGAUUGGGAAAGCUUUCUAUCCGAGGAAGCAAUUCUAGUCAUGGAGUUACAAACCUUGGCUUUAGGGCCAUUGCUCGUGGUUGCCCUUCGCUCAGGAUUCUUUCUCUGUGGAACGUUUCUUCAAUUGGGAAUGAAGGCCUAUUUGAGAUUGCUAAUGGGUGUCACCUGUUGGAGAAGCUUGACCUUCGCCAUUGCCCAGCAAUUUCUGACAAGGCUUUACUGGCCAUUGCAAACAACUGUCCUAAUAUUACCUCGCUAACAUUAGAGUCUUGUCCAAAUAUUGGAAAUGAAAGCCUGCAAGCUUUUGGACGUUGCUGCCUCAACUUAAGCUCCUUUUCAAUCAAAAACUGCCCACUAGUUGAGGAUCAAGGAAUUGCAAGUCUGUUAUCAUCAGCAAGUCAUACCCUGACGAAGGUGAAGCUCCAGGCUUUGAACAUCAGUGAUGUGUCCCUUGCUGUUAUCGGACACUAUGGCAAGGCAGUUACAGAUCUGGCUUUUACUGGCCUCCAAAAGGUGAGUGAGAGGGGCUUCUGGGUCAUGGGUAAUGCUCAGGGUUUGCAGAAGUUGAGGUCCUUUGCAAUUACCUCUUGCCAAGGAGUCACUGAUUUGGGGCUUCAAGCUGUGGGUAAAGGUUGCCCAAAUUUGAAGCAAUUAUGCCUUCACAAAUGUGGACUCAUGUCAGACAAUGGAUUGGUUUCCUUUGCCAAAUCUGCAGGGUCACUGGAGAGCCUGCAAUUAGAGCAGUGCCACAGGGUUACCCAGUCUGGGAUUUUCAGCAUCCUUGUAAACUGUGGUGACAAAUUGAAGACUCUAGCUCUGACAAACUGCUUGGGGAUUAAGGAUGUGAUCUUGGGAUUUCCUUUGAUGUCUUUCUGCAAGUCCCUGCGAUCUUUGUCUAUCCGCAACUGUCCUGGAUUUGGUAAUGCUAGCUUGGCCAUGUUGGGUAGACUGUGCCCUCAACUGCAGCGUGUGGACCUUAUUGGGCUUCAGGGAAUAACAGAUGAGGGAUUUUUCCCACUCAUUCAGAACUGUAAGUCUGGUCUGACAAAGGUUAAUCUUUGUGGUUGUGGUAACUUGACAGACAAAGUGGUUUCAGCCAUUGCCAAGCUGCAUGGUGCGACUCUUGAGUAUCUGAAUCUUGAUGGUUGCCGUUCUGUGACUGAUGCAAGCUUGGUGGCAAUUGCAAAAAAUUGCUUGUUCCUGAGUGAACUUGAUGUUUCUAAAAGUUCAAUCACCGAUUCUGGCAUUGAAGCGUUGGCUUGUGCAGCGCAGCUUAAUUUGCAGAUCCUUUCCCUGUCAGGUUGUUCUUUGGUAACGGACAAGAGCUUUCCUUAUAUGGAAAUGUUGGGUCGGAAACUUGUGGGGCUAAACAUCCAACAGUGCCAUGAAAUCAGUAGUUGCAUGGUUGAUUUGCUUGUUGAGCGAUUAUGGAGGGGCAAUAUCCUCUACUAA